UAAGAUCUACAUAAAUGCAGAACUGGAUUCAACAAUGUGGUCAAUUGCGCAAGGCGUAAUACAAUUUAGGCUACCUGGAACGCUACUAUUGUCCAAUCUGUCUGCACGAGGGAAUGUCGCUCUGGCUGUCAUCCUUCCCUGGAGCUGUCAGUUGACAGUACAACACCGAGCCGAAAGCAUCGUAGGAAAGAACACAGUUUUGAUAAAACGUAGAUUUUAGAUUUCUCCUCUUUGGCACUGGAACGGUUGGGCCACUGUCAUAUUUCGAGGCUGACCAACAAGCGCGUAGGAGGGAGAAAAACCAAAAGGACUGAAUAGCUAGCUGCUAGUUAGCAAGCUAACGACCGUUAGCUUUGGCCAGUGCUGCCACUGCUCUGCUAAAGCGUUCGGUAGGAGUGUGCAGUACCAGUAGGCAGGCGAGCUGCGUUGGCAUUUUAGUGUAGUUGGUUGGAAAAAUGAUUGCUACGGUUGCAUGAACAUUUUUCUUUUAUUUCACCAUUGCGGUGUUAGCUUCCUAAAUGUUUUGACUGGAUACGUCCAGUCAGUUGCUUGGUUAGCCAGAGAGCAAUGCUAAGUGACGACGUCGACUCAGUGAGGCUGUCGUGUCGGGGGUGAGGAGUUUGAGGAAGGAAGAGGUGACUUACGAUGUUGGGGGGAAGUGUUGGGUUAAUGAGCUAGUGGUGCGUUAGCUGACCGUUAAGGAAAUAACGUUAAUAUUUUACAAUACAUUAUCAACGACCGUCAUUUCGUUAACCAGCUAACUAAAAGCUAAUGCAAAUUAGAGAGGCUAGGUAAUACAGAAAUUACUGUUGUUUUCGGCUUGCUCGCAAGCUAAAUGCAGAGGGAGGGUGAUCAUUGAGUGGCUACUCUCUCAGCUCCAUAAAUAACUGUCACUGACUGAGUGAUAUCCAGGCUAUUUCACAUAACUAAAGAUGGCUACAGCGAGCAGCAUUGCCGCAUCUAUUGCGAGCAAGACGAAGACGAAGAAGAAACACUUCGUGGCUCAGAAAGUGAAGCUUUUCCGAGCCAGUGACCCUCUGCUCAGCGUCCUUAUGUGGGGAGUCAACCAUUCGAUCAAUGAGUUGAGCCAUGUUCAGAUCCCUAUCAUGCUGAUGCCUGAUGACUUCAAGGCCUACUCUAAGAUCAAGGUGGACAAUCACCUCUUCAACAAGGAAAACAUGCCGAGCCAUUUCAAGUUUAAGGAGUACUGUCCUCUGGUGUUCCGCAACCUUAGAGAACGUUUUGGCAUCGACGACCAGGAUUUCCAGAACUCCCUAACCCGUGCAGCUCCGUUAAACAGUGAUUCCCAGGGUCGGAGUGGGGCUCGCUUCCACACCUCCUACGACAAACGCUACGUCAUCAAAACAAUCACCAGUGAGGAUGUGGCUGAGAUGCACAACAUCCUCAAGAAGUACCACCAGUUCAUAGUGGAGUGUCAUGGCAACACGCUGCUGCCUCAGUUCCUGGGGAUGUACCGCCUCACAGUGGACGGAGACGAGACCUACAUGAUCGUCACCAGGAAUGUCUUCUCCCACCGCCUCUCUGUCUACAAAAAAUAUGACCUCAAGGGCUCCACUGUGGCCAGGGAGGCCAGCGACAAGGAGAAGCAGCCACGCCCUCCUGAGGAUGCGCCACCGCGGCCCAAAUCUAACGUUCAGCAAAGGCUGCAAACGCUGCGGAUCGCCACGCGCUUUUACUGCGCCAUGAAACACGUAAGAGACGCCAAGGAGCUGCCCACCUACAAGGACAACGACUUCAUCAACGAUGGACAGAAGAUCUACAUUGACGAUGACAACAAGAAGAUGUUCCUGGAGAAACUACGUAAAGACGUGGAGUUCCUGGCCCAGUUGAAGCUGAUGGACUACAGUCUGCUGGUGGGGAUCCAUGACGUGGAGCGGGCUGAGCAGGAGGAAGUAGAGAGUGAGGAUAACGAGGGGGAUGAUGAGGGGGAGAGUGACGGAGGGAUUGGCACUCCCCCGGACUCCCCCAGUAACACCCUGGACAGCACCAAGCCCCUGUCCCCGGGGGAGUUUGACCCCACCAUAGACGUCUAUGCCAUCAAGAGCAACGACAGUGCUCCUAGGAAGGAGGUGUACUUCAUGGCGGUCAUUGACAUUCUGCAGCAUUACGAUGCCAAGAAGAAGGCUGCUCAUGCUGCUAAGACCGUCAAACAUGGGGCGGGAGCUGAAAUCUCCACGGUAAACCCAGAGCAGUACUCCAAGAGGUUCUACGACUUCAUCACCACCAUUCUCUCAUAGCCCCCAGGGGAAGGGGAGGGGGCACUUAGGAAGAGGAGAGAUGGAGGAAAGCAAAUGGAGAGAAGGGAUGGGUGAGGGUGGGGUAUUGCGCUCCAUCUCUCCGUCAGCAAGGGUGUCCCUCUCAGCAGCUAAUACCAUCAUUCGUUUACAUUCAUCUUCUCCGCUGUUACAUUGAACAGGAGAACUGCUAUUCUAGGUUCUAGUCCGUACUUUUUUAUUAGUUUGUUUUGUUUACUUUGGGAAUGUUUUUUUUACUGCCUCUUAACACCACGUCCUCAACCUGCAUUGUUUUUGUUUGUUUGUUCUGCAUUCCUUUUUGGGGGGGGGGGGUAGAAUGAGGAUGAACAGGGCUGUGAUUGGAUAACAUUAGUGCGGUCACUCAGAUUAAAUAGUAUAGGAUGAAGUGCACCUUGAGGCUUAUCCAAUGGCUCGUCUUCAGGAAGUAUGAAGCAGUCUUCCAUUUGACCUUCAGCCAGUCCAUCCAAUCGCCAUUUAGUACAACCCUGCCCCAGCCAAAGCUACUUUCCUAUUUGUCCCAUCAUCCAUCACUUUCCCUUUAGACCCUCCUGGCAGUGGAUGUUACUCCUCCAUUCUCACCUUACACUGCUAUCCCCCUGUCACACACACACUGCUCUCCUCUACCCCUCCCUCCAUAUACAAGAUAAGUUAAGAUGAGUUAUGUUUAGUAAGACAGGGAGCUGGUCAGUAGAGCUGUGUUUAAUAAGACGGGGAGCUGGUCAGUAGAGCUGUGUUUAAUAAGACUGGGAGCUGGUCAGUAGAGCUGUGUUUAAUAAGACGGGGAGCUGGUCAGUAGAGCUGUGUUUAAUAAGACGGGGAGCUGGUCAGUAGAGCUGUGUUUAAUAAGACGGGCAGCUGGUCAGUAGAGCUGUGUUUAAUGAGACGGGGAGCUGGUCAGUAGAGCUGUGUUUAAUAAGACGGGCAGCUGGUCAGUAGAGCUGUGUUUAAUAAGACGGGCAGCUGGUCAGUAGAGCUGUGUUUAAUAAGACGGGGAGCUGGUCAGUAGAGCUGUGUUUAAUAAGACGGGCAGCUGGUCAGUAGAGCUGUGUUUAAUGAGACGGGGAGCUGGUCAGUAGAGCUGUGUUUAAUGAGACGGGCAGCUGGUCAGUAGAGCUGUGUUUAAUGAGAUGGGGAGCUGGUCAGUAGAGCUGUGUGUGAUUUAUGACAUCACUGACUGAUCUGGUUUGUCUCAUUCUGGAUAGUUACCAGGAAGUUGGUGUGUGACUUCCUGUGGGAAAGGGCAGGGCGGUGGUGUGAUCCUUCAUGGACCUUUGAUCCUGCAUUGCCAUCAGCACCUUAAACAAAUCAUUGCACUUUUUAUGUUGUUAAACAUAGGAUUUUUUUAGUUCUGUUACAUGUGCUGCAACAAAAGCACUGUUUGAAGCUAUCGAACUGUGCCCCAAGAUUUUUGAUGGGGGUGUAUUAGGGAUGAGGGAAAGUGUCUUGUCUGGAAGGCACUAGGGAGUAGGAGAGACUACAGGUGGGUUUGGGACAGGGCCUGAAUGUAGUGAGCAGCAGAGAGAGAGGAGGGGUGUGUUCAGGACCGACAGCCCAGUGUUUACCUCUGGCAUCGUACCUGCCUGAACCAGAGUCUUAGCCACAUCUGUCUGUCUCAGGUCUCCAACCCCGGCCCUGAAGAGGUACUGGGUAUGCAGGCUUUUACUCCAGCCCAGCACUAGCACACCUGAUUCAGCUAAUUUUGGUCCAGACUGAAGACCUUGAUUAGUUGGUUAUUUGAAUCUGUAUGUGUAGUUAUGGAUCCCCAUUAGCUGCUGCCAAGGCACCAGCUAAUUUUCCUGGGGUCUGGCAAAAUUAAGGCAGUUAUACAAUUUUAAAAACAUUACAAUACAUUCAUAAGAGAUUUAACAACACACUGUGUGCCCUUAGGCCCCUACUCCACUACCACAUAUCAACCAAACAAAAUCCAUGUGUACGAUUGUGUGUAAUGCGUAUGAAUAUGUCUGCGCCUAUGUUUUGUGUUGCUUCAGGUGUUUUAAAGCUGGGCUGGAACAAAAGCCUGCACACCUAGUAGGUCUCCAGGACCGGAGUUGGAAAACCCUGAGACAUACAAAGAUCUCUACAUAUGGUUCAGGCCUGAAUCGGACAUGUCUCAGGUUUUCAUGAGAGAGGGAGAAGGGGAGGGUGGGGAAGAGGUGCUGGGUUGUAGAAAAAUAUGCUUUUGUUUAAGUGGUGACAUCAUGCCAACCUGUCAGCCUCUCCUUUGAACAUUUGUCUGUUAUUCAGACUUGUUGGUGUUUUUGAAAGGUUGUUUAUCUCUGAAUUUGGCAGGUUUGAAUUGACUUGGUAAAUUUGUAUAUUUUGCACAAAAAGGAACCAAAUGUUAUGCAUCCGAUCCUGACUGGUUGCUGUGGUCUUAACAAGGGAAACACAAUAUCAUUAUACCUGUACCAGAACCAUAUACACACUGGGUGUACAAAACAUUAGGAACUCCUACCUAAUAUUGUGUUUCACCCCCUUUUCCAUCAGGGCAUGGACUCUACAAGGUGUCGAAAGUGUUCUACAGGGAUGUUGACUCAGACUUCCCACAGUUAUCAAGUUGGCCGGAAGUCCUUUUAGUGGGGGACCAUUCUUGAUACACACAGGAAACUGUUGAGCCUUUAAAACCUAGCAGCAUUGCAGUUCUUGACACAAACUGGUGCGCCUGGCACUUACUACCAUACCCCGUUCAAAAGGCACUUAAAUCUUUUGUCUUGCCCAUUCACCCUCUGAAUGGCACACAUGCACAAUCCAUGUAUCAAGGCUUAAAAAUCCUUCAUUAACCGGUCUCCUCCCUUUCAUCAACCCUGAUUUGAAGAGGAUUUAACAGGUGACAUCAAUAAGGGAUAGUGUUCACCUGGUCAGUAUGUUAUGGAAAGAGCAGGUGUUCCUAAUGUUUUGUACAGAGUGUAUACUGUUUAUUACUCUCUCUAUAUAUAUGGCUCUGACUUGUACCAAGUGAGAAGAGUCUGUGGUGUUUUAUCUGUGAUUGGUAACCAACUAAAACCAGUAACAUUGUCCUCUACUAUUCUAUCACAAGCAAAAAGCUUCCAUAUUGUUUUAGAUGCAUAGAUUAUAUUCACAUAUAUUUUUACAUUGCAUUUAAGUCAUUAAAUAUAAUUGUAUUUUAAAGCACCACCCUUUGAGUGAAUGACAGUGUUGGGUUAUAUGAAGAAUGAUACUGCUUGAAUUUGUACAAUGCUUGUACGUACUGUAAAAACAAAACAAAUGCAUGUUGCAGGAAUACGCUUUCUUCCUCCUAUGUCUUGGCUGUUUAGAUCCAUUGUAGCUCUCCUAGACUUAACCCCAUCUGAGUCUCUCCUUACCAUGCUUUAAACUGUAUUUGUAUCAUAUACACUGUGUAAGAGGUGUGCCUUUAUACUCCAAAUUAUUUACAUUUUUACCUUUUUUUUUUAAACUUUUUGUUUAUAAAGUAUAAAGUUUAUUUUAAUAAUAGGGUGGUUACUUUGAGAUGUAUCCUCAGUUUUAUUUUCCACCUUUUCUCCCUCCCUGUGUAGUAAGUGUUUUCAAUCUAUUAUUGUUAUGGAGUCAAAUUGACAAUUUUAUUGACUGAGUUUUCAAACAAAACUAAUAUGUCAGUCUCAAUUGUGGUAAUUUUAUGGGUAGAAUAUAGUCAUUAGGCACUGAUCCAGUUUACCUUCCCCAAAUCCUAACCUUGCCAUUUGGGGGGAAACUGCAAAUCUGAACAUAGAUCAGUGUCUAGGGACAACGUCUACCUCCUCCCUGGUGUGGAGAUGGCAUCUAUGCUGAUGUUAACCCUUCGUUCCUCGCUGCUUCUGUCUCAGUAAAUACCUUUUUGUUUGUGUCGUGGCUGUGGUGUGUGUCUGUGACUGUCGUGAUGGUGUUUGUCGGGCUUGUCCUCUGACCACUUCCUCAAGUUUGAGUGUGUCUGACAUGGCACCAUAUUCCCCAGAACAGUGCAAUUAUUUUGACAAGAGCCCACUUAGGGCUAAGGAUUAUAGUUAGAUGGGUUCUGGUCAUAGGUAGUGCACUAUUUAGGGAAUCGGGUGCUAUUUCAGAUGCAGACUACACUCUUAGGAGUCGCUCCCCCCUGUCCGCCAUCUAAUGUUAACGUCACUGCAUCGUCACUGCUCACUAAGCCCUAACCUUUUUAGGUUAAGGGGAAACGUCUACCUGCUCCACCUUCCACCCACUGGCCAGCUAUCACUUUCCUCACAAACAGGACUCAAAAAGAGGAUACAGCUCUGUUUGGCCUUGAUGGCUUCCUGUAGUCAAGGUGAGCACGCUUUGAGAGAAAACAGAGUGUUGUUUUUGCUCUAGGAGGAUGGAGGCUGGAUCCAUAGAGAAUAUGCUGCCAUGUCACAGACUUGGACAAUGACACAUAUCUUUACUCACUGAGCCCCAGUCCAGUAGGAUAUAGGUGGCUGGUUUUGUCCAUUGUUGGCUGGUCCUUCAACCCUCACCCUCUGCGUAAAGGCUUCAAUAUCCCCCUACUAAACCUACCAUUUUGCCAAAAGCAACUUUUCCUAUCUAUGUGCGUUCAUCUACAGUCAAAACGACCCCACAUAUUAGCUUUAACAUAUUGUAAGGUGUAAAUGUACCGGUUUGAUUGAAUCUGUACAUUUUUUAAUGGGAGUGUGUGUGUGUGUCACAGAUGGGUGUUUAAUGUUCACAGCUGUUGGGACAGACUGGUGGGAGGUUUAUAUGUGGAGUUGUAACUGUUUUGGGAAAUAAGACAUGACUUGGGCUUGACAGACUCUGCAGGGGCAGAAUUUUCUCAAUUUCUUCUCAGAAAGGAUUUGAAGUUGAUAAUACUCAUGGAAUUAACUCCAAUAAAACAAAAUACUGUUACAAAAUAAAUACGUUUGUUGGAAUUAAUAGGCAGACAGACUAGAUGACUAUAAAGGUUUUGGUGAGAGAUCUUCCCUGCAGAUUGUGUCCUGUCUGUAAUGAUGCCCCAGAGUCCUUGCUAACUGUUGCUAAAGUGUUGUGCGUGUGUAUUGCUGUCUGCUGGUGGUCAGUGGGAGUAAACUGUUGUGUGCUGUGAGGGAGGCUAACUCAUGUUCUAUGAUGUUUAUUGUUCAACACAAUAAUAAUAAUAAACUCCAUUCCAUAAGCAUUUGCUCAAAUACAAUAAAGCACUUGGUCUGCUAAACUAAAGUCUG